ACGCUUUAGGGUUGCCUAUAAAUACCGGUGGGAAGGAAAAGCAGUAAGGGUGGGUGGCGGAGGAAGAACCCUAAAACCUAAGAAAAAAUGCCGCCAAAGUCAGCGAAGAAGGACGCCCCGGCCGAGCGUCCCAUCCUCGGCAGAUUCUCGUCGCAUCUCAAGAUUGGCAUCGUUGGGUUGCCAAAUGUAGGCAAGUCCACUUUGUUCAACACCCUUACAAAAUUGUCAAUACCUGCUGAAAAUUUCCCUUUCUGCACCAUAGAACCAAACGAGGCAAGAGUUAAUGUUCCUGAUGAACGAUUUCAAUGGCUUUGUCAGUUGUACAAGCCAAAGAGUGAGGUGUCUGCAUUCUUGGAAAUUCAUGAUAUAGCAGGACUCGUGCGAGGUGCUCAUGAAGGGCAAGGUUUAGGCAACAGUUUUCUAUCUCAUAUUCGUGCCGUUGAUGGCAUUUUCCAUGUUUUGCGAGCAUUUGAAGAUCCUGAUAUUGUUCAUGUUGAUGACUCUGUUGACCCUGUCAGAGAUUUGGAGGUUAUAAGUCGAGAAUUACGCUUGAAGGAUAUAGAGUUUAUGGAGAGGAAGGUGGAGGAUCUUGAAAAAAGCAUGAAAAGGAGCAAUGACAAGCAAUUGAAGUUAGAACAUGAGUGCUGCAUGAAGGUGAAAGCAUGGCUUGAAGAGGAAAAAGAUGUACGCCUUGGAGACUGGAAAGCUGCUGAUAUAGAAUUUUUGAAUACUUUCCAGCUGCUCACUGCAAAGCCUGUUGUGUACUUGGUAAACAUGAAUGAGAAGGACUACCAAAGAAAGAAGAACAAGUUUUUACCGAAGAUACAUGCAUGGGUGCAAGAACAUGGUGGCGAGCCAAUUAUCCCAUUCAGUUGCAUUUUGGAGAGGAAACUAGCAGACAUGCCUGAAGAUGAAGCUGCAAAAUAUUGUGAAGAGAAUAAGGUGCAGAGUGCUCUCCCUAAAAUUAUAAAGACUGGCUUUGCUGCAAUUAAUCUCAUAUAUUUUUUCACUGCAGGGCCCGAUGAGGUAAAAUGCUGGCAAAUCAGACGGCAAACGAAGGCACCUCAAGCUGCUGGUACCAUUCACUCGGAUUUUGAGAGAGGUUUUAUUUGUGCGGAGGUGAUGAAGUUUGAAGAUUUAAAAGAAUUGGGUAGUGAAUCAGCAGUCAAGGCAGCCGGGAAGUACAGGCAGGAAGGAAAGACAUAUGUAGUCGCCGAUGGAGAUAUCAUAUUAUUCAAGUUCAAUGUCUCUGGGGGUGGGAAAAAGUGAAGUUGCUUUACCUGACCUAUCUGAUUGGGGCUUACGGAGCAGAUUGAGUUCAUGCUCUUAAGGGUAAUCAAACAUCCUUCAACGACAGAUUCUUCAGACUGCAAGCAAGCUUUAGUGAUGUGCAACAAGAUUGAAGUUGAUUGAUUUCUAAUCAAGGUAUCUGCAUUUGUUAUAACUCUGAGUGGGCACCAUUGAUUUGUUAUACUUGUUUGUGUUUCACAGCAGCCUUCCAGAAUUUGUAACAUCAAUAUGAAGUAGCGGGUGCUAUUUUGACUUUUUGCUCAGGGCAGACGGGGGCAUUAUUAGGUUAUGUCUAUGAGGGGAAAUUGUGUAAUCUAUGUCAAUCAUAUUCAAAAGUAAAAUGCCAGGAAAGGGUGUUAAUCUCUC